CCUGUUUCUUGCCACUUCGAUCAUAACAUCAAAACCUCUCUCUACACUUGUCUCUCUUCUCUCUCUCUCUCUCUGUCAUAAGCCAUUUUCCUAACAUGAAGCUCAUGAAUAAACCAUCACAGCUACGUGCUUUAUCCUGUUUCUGUUCCAUUCUGCUGCUUUUGGAAUUCGUUUUCGUUGCUGCGGAAGAUCCUUAUAGAUUCUUCGACUGGACCGUCACCUACGGUGACAUUUAUCCUCUAGGGAUUAAACAGCAGGGUAUUUUGAUCAAUGGCCAAUUCCCAGGCCCUGAAAUCUAUUCUGUUACCAAUGACAAUUUGAUCAUUAACGUACGCAAUAACUUGACCGAGCCGUUUCUUCUUUCAUGGUAACCCCUCU